AAAGUCAGGGGAGUGCUGGGGCUGGGGCUGAGUUUGAAAUAAGUAAGGGGGUCGAGGAAGGCCUCAGUGAGGAGGGUCCCAGAGCCGAGGCUACGGGGGAGGCAGCUCUGGGCAGAGGGUGUCUGGGUACAGAUGCCCCGAGGCAGGCAGGGCAGGGCCUCCAGGCCUUCCCCUGUGAGUGGGGUGAGACCAGGUGACUUCAGGGCACAGGCUUGAAGAGGAUCCCUCUGGCCAUCCUGUCGGGGAGGAAGGGGCAUGCGGGAGGCUAAGAGAAGGCUUUGCAGGGGGAGGGGGAGCCAGCCGGGCCCGCGGUCCUCAGCGGCCAUUCCCAGCGCUGGGUGACCCAUACCUGUGGGUGGGCUCAGAGCACAACCGCAGUUAUGGUUGUUCGUGGUUGCGUUUAAGUUUUUCCGCUGCCACCCCCGAGAUGUCACUUCUCCCCGACUUGGGAGGGGUUCGGGUGGGCGAGGGACAGCAGUGGGAUGGCUUGGCCAGCUUCAGUUCUGGCUUUGAAGCCACACAGCCGUCGCCCGGGCCCUUGACCUGCCCUGGCACGGGGUCAAGUGCUGGGUGCCCCCUCCUACCCGGGCCUGUUCCAGAGUCUCCUGCCUCUCAGGAGGCCCAUGCCAGCCAGGCUGGGGGGAGCUGGGGGCCUGGGCUUCAGCCCCAGUUCCUCCCGCCUUGCCGUGUGCUCCACCAGCUGAGUCUGGGUUUCUGCAUCUGCAAAGUUAGGUUUGGAUUCUAGUCCAGCCACUGCGCCAGGGCACAAGCCUGUGAGAACAGCUUUGUGCACGUGGGAAGGUGUCCCUGAGGACCCGAGACAGCGCAGUCCGAGACCACGAAACCCCUGCACAACCCCACGGGGGUCCACUGCUGCCACUUUAGGAAUGGGGGGAGGGUCUAUUCCAAUCCUUCAUCUCCUGCCCGGACAUUCUAGGGAUGACCUCAGGAGUUGCUGGGGGAAACGGCAGGAGAUGGGGUUCUAGAAUAGGGGUCUAGGGCCAAUAGGGACAGGAGGAGAGGUUAGCGGUUCAGGGACCUACAUCAUUACGGAGUCCACCACGUCCACUCCCCAGCUGGCACCCAACUGCCCACCCUCUGUCCUUUUAGAGGGAGCCUUGGGGGCCAGGCUGCAGACAGAAGCUCACUCCACUGCCCAGACACCGUGGGGUAAGUAGGGAGAGGAAGGGACGAAGGAGAGACGGAGGAGCUAUAGGUGAUGGGCUUGGGCCAUGUCCUACCUUCCCAUCCCAGUAAGUCCUUAGAGCUGCUCUGUCCAGGGUGAUCACCACCAGCCCCGUGUGACUUCUUAAUUUUAAUUUUAAAUAAGUGAAAUAAGAUUAAAAAUUCCAUUGUCCAGUCACACGAGUCACAUUUCAGGUGCUCAGUAGCCCAUGGGCUAGCGGCGGCCGUACUGGACAGCCAGGCGUAGAACGCAUCCGUCAACCCAGAAAGUUCCAUAGGGCAGCGCCAGUCUCAUCUCUAGAGCAACCCCAAGUGGUAGAGACUGUUGCCCACCUUUUUACAGAUGGAGAAGCUGAGGCCCAGAGAGGGGAAAUGGCUUGCUAGUCAGGCCUCCAGGGAGUGUAAGAGAGUACUCAAACCUGGGUGCAUCGAGCCUCAGAGCGUGGAUAACGGGGUCCGUGUGCACACGUGUCCUGCUGCCCAGAGGGCUGCUUCUUGGGACAGAGGAGACCAAAGCCCACUCGCUGGCCACACACACGCUUUGGGACCUCUGCCUCAGUCCCCAGGGCCAGGCGGACCCCCCACACACACACAGGCUCGAUUACCCAGUGGGGAGCAAUGCUUUAAUGAAAAGGCCAGACAAGGAUUAACAUUCUGUUUGGGGCCUCCAGGGCUGCACCUUUGAGACCGAAUCCCAAAUCCCAUAGGAGAGGCUUCAGGAAACAUCACUGGACUCUGAAAAACUCAUUCUAAACGUAAGAGAACGAUAGCCAAAAGCUUGGAAACAGCCCAUGUGUCCGAUGAAUCCGAUGCUAUGAUUCAGCCGUAAAGAGGAAGGAAGCACUGACCCAGGCUACAAAGUGGACGAACCUCGAGAGCAUGAUGCAAAGUGAGAGAGGCCGCACACAAAAGGCCACAGAGUGGAUGAUCCCAUUGAUACGAACUGUCCAGAACAGGGGUCCUUGGUGAAUUUUGUCAUGGUUAUUUAAGGAACCUCGCCUAGAAGUCCCAACGCACAGUUCCCCAUUGACGGGAAGGCUUGGACUCCAAGAUGAUUAUAAAGGAAUAUCGGAUUCCUCUGCCAAUGACCGUGGAGGAGUACCGCAUUGCCCAGCUGUACAUGAUACAGAAGCAGAAACCUGAGCUUCUGGACCCUGGGAAGGACGUUCGUGGCAGAAAGACACUUGGAGGUGACCCAGGCAUCACGUCUCCCUGGCAGUGUCUCCGAGGCCCCUUCUCACUCGUGUUUGAUCUCUCUGAAAUCUUAAAGAAGAGCCGUAACGAGACGUUCGGUGAAGGCAGUGGCGUGGAGAUCCUGGAGAACCGGCCAUACACGGACGGCCCUGGUGGCUCCGGGCAGUACACACACAAGGUGUACCAUGUGGGCAUGCACAUCCCCAGCUGGUUCCGCUCCAUCCUGCCCAAGGCAGCCCUGCGGGUGGUGGAGGAGUCCUGGAACGCCUACCCCUAUACCCGAACCAGGUUCACUUGCCCUUUUGUGGAGAAAUUCUCCAUUGACAUCGAAACCUUUUAUAAAACUGAUGCUGGAGAAAACCCCAAUGUGUUCAGCCUGUCUCCUGUGGAAAAGAACCAGCUGACGAUCGAUUUCAUCGACAUCGUCAAGGACCCCGUGCCCCCCAACGAGUAUAAGACGGAAGAGGACCCCAAGCUGUUCUACUCGACCAAGACCCAGCGGGGGCCCCUGUCCGAGAACUGGAUCGAGGAGUACAAGCAGCAGGUCUUCCCCAUAAUGUGCGCCUACAAGCUGUGCAAGGUGGAGUUCCGCUACUGGGGCAUGCAGUCCAAGAUCGAGCGGUUCAUCCACGACACGGGCCUGCGGAAGGUGAUGGUGAGGGCCCACCGGCAGGCCUGGUGCUGGCAGGACGAGUGGUACGGGCUGAACAUGGAAAACAUCCGGGAGCUGGAGAAGGAGGCACAGCUCAUGCUGUCCCGCAAGAUGGCCCAGUUCAGUGAGGACGACGAGGGGGCCGCGGAGCUGGCCAAGGAUGAGGCCCCCCAGACCCAGGCCCCCAGGGAGCCCCCGCAGCCCAGCAGCAGCGGUGGGGAGCCCCUGGCGGGCAGGGGUCUGAAGAAGCAGUGGUCCACGUCCUCCAAGUCAUCCCGGUCGUCCAAGCGGGGAGCGAGUCCUUCCCGCCACAGCAUCUCGGAGUGGAGGAUGCAGAGUAUCGCCCGGGACUCAGACGAGAGCUCGGAUGAUGAGUUCUUUGAUGCUCACGAGGACCUGUCCGAUUCAGAGGAAAUGUUCCCCAAGGACAUCACCAAGUGGAACUCCAAUGACCUCAUGGACAAAAUCGAAAGCCCUGAGCCAGAGGACACACAGGACGGUCUGUACCGCCAGAGCGCCCCCGAGUUCAGGGUGGCCUCCAGUGUGGAGCAGCUGAACAUCAUCGAGGACGAGGUCAGCCCGCCGCUGGCCGUGCCGCCCUCCAAGAUCCACGUGCUGCUGCUGCUGCUGCACGGAGGCACCAUCCUGGACACGGGCGCCGGGGACCCCGGCUCCAAGCAGGGCGACACCAACACCAUCGCCACCGUGUUCGACACCGUCAUGCGCGUGCACUACCCCAGCGCCCUGGGCCACCUGGCCAUCCGCCUGGUGCCCUGCCCGCCCAUCUGCUCCGCUGCCUUCGCCCUCGUCUCCGACCUCAGCCCCUACAGCCACGACGAAGGCUGUCUGUCCAGCAGCCAGGACCACAUCCCCUUGGCCGCCCUGCCCCUGCUGGCAACCUCUUCGCCCCACUACCAGGAGGCCGUUGCCACAGUGAUCCAGCGGGCCAACCUCGCCUACGGGGACUUCAUCAAGUCCCAGGAGGGCGUGACCUUCAACGGGCAGGUCUGCCUGAUCGGGGACUGCGUUGGGGGCAUCCUGGCGUUCGAUGCCUUAUGCUGCAGCAACCAGACGGUGUCUGAGAGUCAGAGCAGCAGCCGGCGGGGCAGUGUGGCCAGUGUGCAGGACACUGACCUGCUGUCCCCGGGCACGACGGUCAAUGCGGCACACGGCGGCACCCUGGAGAGCAGCCGGCACCUGAGCCGCAGCAACAUCGACAUCCCCCGAAGCAACGGCGCUGAGGACCCCAAACAGCAGCUGCCCCGCAAGAGGAGUGACUCGUCCACCUACGAGCUGGACACCAUCCAGCAGCACCAGGCCUUCCUGUCCAGCCUCCACGCCAGCGUGCUGAGGAAUGAGCCCAGCUCCCGCCACUCAAGCAGCUCCACCAUGCUGGAUGGCGCAGGGGCCGUGGGCAAGUUCGACUUCGAGAUCGCUGACCUCUUCCUCUUCGGGUGCCCGCUGGGGCUGGUCCUGGCCUUGAGGAAGACCGUCAUCCCCUCCCUGGAUGUUUUCCAGCUGCGGCCUGCCUGCCAGCAAGUCUACAACCUCUUCCACCCCGCCGACCCGUCGGCCUCGCGCCUGGAGCCGCUGCUGGAGCGGCGAUUCCACGCCCUGCCGCCUCUCAGCAUCCCCCGCUACCAGCGCUACCCGCUGGGGGACGGCUGCUCGACGCUGCUGGCAGAUGCACUCCAGGCCCACAACGCGGUCUUCCAAGAGCACGCGGCCCCCUCCUCGCCCGGCACAGCCCCCACUGCCCGAGGUUUCCGCCGGGCCAGCGAGAUCAGCAUCGCCAGCCAGGUGUCGGGCAUGGCUGAGAGCUACACGGCGUCCAGCAUUGCCCAGAUUGCGGCGAAGUGGUGGGGUCAGAAGCGGAUCGACUACGCCCUGUACUGCCCCGACGCCCUGACGGCCUUCCCCACCGUGGCCCUGCCCCACCUCUUCCACGCCAGCUACUGGGAGUCCACGGAUGUGGUCUCCUUCCUGCUGAGACAGGUCAUGAGGCACGACAACUCCAGCAUCUUGGAACUGGACGGCAAGGAGGUCUCGGUGUUCACCCCGUCAAAGCCAAGAGAGAAGUGGCAGCGCAAGAGGACCCACGUGAAGCUGCGGAACGUGACGGCCAAUCACCGGAUCAAUGACGCGGUCGCCAACGAGGAUGGCCCUCAGGUCCUGACAGGCCGGUUCAUGUAUGGGCCCCUGGACAUGGUCACCCUGACCGGGGAGAAGCCCUCCCGGCUCCAGGUGGACGUGCACAUCAUGAUGCAGCCGCCCUCAGGUGAGUGGCUGUACCUGGACACGCUGGUGACCAACAGCAGCGGGCGCGUCUCCUACACCAUCCCCGAGACCCACCGCCUGGGCGUGGGUGUCUACCCCGUCAAGAUGGUGGUCAGGGGAGACCACACGUUUGCCGACAGCUACAUCACCGUGCUGCCCAAGGGCACGGAGUUCGUGGUCUUCAGCAUCGACGGCUCCUUCGCCGCCAGCGUGUCCAUCAUGGGCAGCGACCCCAAAGUGCGGGCCGGGGCCGUGGACGUGGUGCGGCACUGGCAGGACCUGGGCUACCUCAUCAUCUAUGUGACGGGCCGGCCUGACAUGCAGAAGCAGCGGGUGGUGGCAUGGCUGGCCCAGCACAACUUCCCUCACGGCGUGGUGUCCUUCUGUGACGGCCUGGUGCACGACCCGCUGAGGCACAAGGCCAACUUCCUGAAGCUGCUCAUCUCUGAGCUGCACCUGCGCGUGCACGCGGCCUACGGCUCCACCAAGGACGUGGCGGUCUACAGCUCCAUCAGCCUGUCCCCCAUGCAGAUCUACAUCGUGGGCCGGCCCACCAAGAAGCUGCAGCAGCAGUGCCAGUUCAUCACCGAUGGCUACGCGGCCCACCUGGCCCAGCUCAAGUAUAACCACCGGGCGCGCCCGGCCCGCAACGCGGCCACCCGCAUGGCGCUGCGCAAGGGCAGCUUCGGCCUGCCUGGCCAGGGCGACUUCCUGCGCUCCCGGAACCACCUGCUCCGCACCAUCUCGGCCCAGCCCAGCGGGCCCGGCCACCGGCACGAGCGGACGCAGAGCCAGGCGGACAGCGAGCAGCGGGGACAACGUAGCAUGAGCAUGGCGGCCGGCUGCUGGGGCCGCGCCAUGGCGGGCCGGCCCGAGCCGGGGACAGCUGCGGGCCCCAAGUAGGGCUCCGGGAGCAAGGCGCUGUGGUCUCCAUGGUGCUAGGCCGGGGCGGCCCGCCCUGCCAGGAGGCCUGGCCUGGGCACGGACAGUCGGGCUGGGGCCCAGCUUGUCCCAGGGCCUGGCGGAGGACACGGGGCCGUGCCACACACAGCCCUUCCAGCCCUGCCUCACGUGUUAGGGUCUGCGGGGUUGCAGCGUAACGUAGAAGCUGGCAGGACGACCAGCCCGAGGAUGACGGAGGGACCAGGACCCCCCCCAGCGUGGACUGGCUGGGAAGGCACUCCCGGACGCUUGCCCUGCGUUGACCGCCCAGCAUCCUGCCAGGCCUGGGCACCUCCCGUCCACUAGCUCGCCCCGACCCCCAAGUCCCCUCCCACUUGGUAGCAGCUCCAACGGGGGACAGCCUGCUUCUUGUUAACUCGAGUUACUCAACUGCUCGACCUCACUGGUUUUGCACUGAAGUUUGAGGGUGGAGACCCAUCACCAUCUCCUAUGGCUACAGAUCCGUUGACGUGCGCGAAAAUUCAGCGUUUGCUGAUCCAGGACCUGUCGCCACACAGAAGGCUCCAGGGCAGAGAAUCCUUGUACAAGUAGGAGAGAAAGGCCAUAUGGUAUUUUCUGCAGCUCCGCCUGGCCCAUGGCAGCCCCGGACUCCCAACCCCUUCCAGCUGCCCCACCGGGAGCCCCGUCCAGCCAAGGGCCUGGCGUCAUCUCAGCCUCAGGCACAGCCCAGGCCGCCAGGCCGGUGGCUCCUGAGAAGCCUCGCCUCGGGCCGUGGGGCCGGGACCAGCCGGGCUUACUUCUUCCGCUCCUCGCCAGCCGUCAGCCAAGGCCCUGCGCCUCGGCCCCCCUUCCACGUUUCUACACCUUUCUACUUCUCCAAUCUGAUUUCUAUGAGGUUUUUUUAAACGAGCAAUCCUUGGCUGCUUCCUUUUCUUAACUCUUUCAGUACCAAACGCAGCCCCUCCACAUGAAAACGCCCAGCACUGUGACGGAGUCCAGCCUGGUUCUGGGUCCCAGGGCCCUGUCCCCUGCCCAGGCAGCGGGGCGUGGGCUCCCUGCCUCGCUUGACCCCCGUUAAUUCCACUGAAUUUCUACUCUGGGGUGAGUGGGGCACACACGUAGGUUUUUUUUAACGCCAAUUCCGUUUCGAUGCCGAAUCCAAGAAGCCACAGCUCGCUUAGUUAGCUUCAGGGCAGGCAGCCACGGCUUCACUUCCCACCUGGUAAGGACCGCGCUGUCCUGCACGCUGGGCCUGAGCGUCAGCCCUCCCUCCCCGGAACCGACGGCAAUCUCAGCCGUGGCCUCAGCCCCGGCAGCCCCUCCGCUGCUGCUCUACCUGCUCUGAGACGGGGGAGCCUGCCAGGCCUCGGCCAGCCGUCCAGCGACCAGGCUCCUUCUAUGCGAAGCUGCUGCCAACCUGGAUACGGCCUCAGGGCCUCGUGGGCUGGGACGGGGAGGCGCGCAGACAGAUGUUAACAUUUUUCCGUGUGUAGAUAUGUACAGCCAAAGGGUCGUGUAAAUGUUCUGCAAAAGUGGGUCUGUACAGAGUGAAAGCUAUUUAUUUUGUGCAGCGAAAAAUGUCUGGAGGGAUGGGACCUUCAGGGUUUAUUCAUAUUUAAGAUGUAGCUUUUUGUUGUUGUUUCAGGCAUUAUGUAUAAAGCGACGAUUAUUUUAUGGA